AUGGCUGAACUUUCCGUUUCCGACCUCAAUUCUCAAGAACAACCCGUUCUUGCCGCCGCCACUACCGCCGCCGUAACCGAACCGAUUGCAUUUCCUCAGCAACAAAACACCAGUGAACUCGAAGAGAAGAAGAAACGCCUCUUGGAAGAACUCGAAUCCGCUUUGAUCCCACCUCCGAUUCCCAAACCUGUUCACAAACCUAACCCCAAACCUAAUCGCUUAGGUUUGGGAAUUGAGGUGAUCGACGAAACCGCGUUGCUCGACAGCAUUCCGAAGAUCGGAAAGCUUCCGAGAAGAAGAGCUUCCAAGAAGAUUCACAACAAAGCUGUAACUGCCACUGAGACUGAGGGUUUUGCUGCAAGAAACAUCGUCAUCGGCGGCAGCAGUAGCAGCAGCAGCGAGGGUGAGAGGAAGUACUCUCGAGAGGAAAUGGAGGCUUUGAGGUUUGUGGAUGUCUCCCAGCAGUGCAAAUUCUGGAAGAAGAUAUACGCUGCUCUUCAAUCCGCCUUCACCGGCGAGUAUGAUGCUUUGAUUGCCGCUCCCAGCAACCCUAUUCCGUUCGUUCCCAACAAGAAACCCAUUCUCACUGAAGAGUGCAUUGAAGAUUAUGAUAGUGAGGAUGAUUAUGCCAGCAUCCAGAGGCCUGCUUUUCAAGUAGAUGGAGAACCUGAUUUUGAUUCUGGUCCACCGGAAGACGGAUGGGAAUAUCUUAGGCGUGUCAGGUGGGAGGCACAUCAAAUUCCUAAUGUGAAGAUAUCCAAACUUGAUAAAAGUAAACUUACAAAGGAUCAAAGUCCUUAUAUGCCCCAGAUUCCUGAUAUUGCCAAAUGUCCUGAGCAUCUGUUGCCAUUGAAACAGUGGGAGGAUGCAUUUCUUGCAGAAUUUUCUGCACUAAGAGCGAAUCUGUCAUGCCUUGUUGAAGAAGGUUCAAACACCAUGCAAUCUCGCAAUGAUUUUGGAGUUAUGAGCAGAGAUAUGCUACUUUGUAAUAACAUGAGCAUUGCUAAGGCUGAUCAACCUACUAUCUUGGCUGGCAAAGAUAAGGAUAACAUUAUUCCCACUCCUCUAGAUAAUGCUGGAUUGAAAACUUCCAUAGAUCAAACUUGCAGCAAUAUUCCCACUCCUCCCCUGCUUUCUGCAAUCCUUGGAAUGGACUCUGUAGCUCGAGUAUCAAUGUUGCUGAAACGAAUUCGCCUGCUGGAACAUGAAAACACCAUCACAAGAAAUGAUUGCUUGUGGCUUUUUGCUCUAUGUGCAGCAGUAGAUGCUCCACUUGAUGCAGACACUUGUGCUGCACUCAGGAGUCUGCUGCGAAAGUGUGCCAACAUUCGUGCUGGAAAAGCUGAACUGGAUGAUGAGGUUGUAAUGUUGAAUAUAUUGGCUACAAUUUCAGGGAGAUAUUUUGGACAAUCUGAAAAUUGA